CACCACCCAGGCCGGGUCUGUCUUCUGCCACCUGACCUGCCAGCGGCUACCUACACCGGCUGUGCCCGUCCAUCAUGGAGAAGGUCCUCGUCCUUCUGCUGGUUGCCCUCGCAGUGGUGGCCUAUGCAGUGCCUGACCCUCGGGGAAUCAUUAUCCACCUGGAAGACGGCGAGCUCUGCCUGAACAGCCUUCAAUGCAAGAGCAAGUGUUGCCACCGCGACACGGGGCUGAGCCUGGCCCGCUGCGCACCCAAGGCCAGUGAGAACAGCGAGUGCUCUGCCAAGACACUCUAUGGGGUUUACUACAAGUGUCCCUGUGAGCGGGGCCUGACCUGUGAGGUUGACAAGACCAUCGUGGGCUCCAUCACCAAUACCAACUUUGGCUUCUGCCACGAUGCUGGACGCUCCCGGGAGUAAAACCACCGAAGGCUGCCCCUCUUCCAGCACCCCUCCCUGGCUGGCCACCCCUUGGCCAGCACCUCCCUUUUCUGAUUGGAUUCUCAGCAAUUAAAGCUCUUCCUGCAACCUUC